CACGUGGACCCCUCGAAAGUGUUGGCGCCCUCAGAUCAUGGGCUGGCUGCUAGCUCGCGAUGUGCUGUGGCUACUGGCGUUCUGCGGCUUCGCUAUCAAUUAUUCUGUUCGAGUCAACCUCAACAUCGCCAUCGUGGCCAUGGUGAAGGGCAGCGCGCCGCUUGAUAGAGAGGCCGAGGACGUCGGAUACUGCACGCAGUCCGGAGCUGUUUUUCAAAAUACCUCCGACGUUAGCAUCACCAGCGAUCAAGGCAGCCUCUGGAACGUCGUCACUGGCGCAAACAGUACCAGCUUCAACACGUCAUUGGAGAUUGGCAGUACCAACCUGCAGGAUGGCCUCUUUGACUGGGAUGAAAAGCAGCAGGGUCUGGUGUUGGGCUCCUUCUUCUGGCUGCACUGGUCCACACAGAUCCCAGGCGGCAUACUGGCGAGGCGUUUCAGCCCGAAGCUGGUGUUCGGUUUGAGUAACCUGGCAGCUUGCCUGCUCGCCGUUCUCAUCCCAUUGGCUGCCAGCGUCGACUAUCGAGCCCUCAUCGCAGUCAGGGUCUUUCAGGGCAUCGUUGCGGGUAUGGCGUGGCCGGCGAUGCACUGCCUGAUAGCGCGGUGGGUGCCUCCCAACGACAGGAGUAAGUUCGUCAGCGCCUACCUGGGCAGCAGCAUGGGCGCAGCGCUGACGUUCCUUGUUUCGGGCCUCCUGAUUGGCUGGCUGGGGUGGCCCGCCGUCUUCUACGCCACCGCAUUGGCUGCGGCCGUCUGGUUCUUCGCCUGGUGGCUCCUCAUCUUCGACCACCCGCACAAGCAUCCCCGUAUCUCGACCUCCGAGCUAGCAAACCUCCACGCCAGUUUGGGAGAAGAUACUGCUGUCAAUAAGCCAACUACGCCUUGGAAGCACAUCCUGACCUCGCCACAAGUGUGGCUGAUCGUCUUCACGCAGUGGGGAGGCUUCUGGGGGCUGUUCACGGUGCUAACGCAGGCGCCCACCUACAUGAGGAACAUCCACGGCUGGGGUAUCGGCAUGGUCGGUCUUCUGACAGGGCUGCCACACGUCUGCAGGACGAUGUUCUCGCUGGUCGUGUCCUCUGUUGGUGAUUGCCUGCUCAAGAGGGGCCUCUUAUCCAGGACUAAGCUCAGGAAGUCUGCCACCGUUAUAUACCUGCUGGGGCAGGGGGCGCUGCUGGUGGGCGUGGCUUGCUCCGGCUGCAGUGGCGUGGCCGCCGCCGCCUGCAUCACGGCCGCCGUCGCCGUCAGCGGCGCCAUCUCCACGGGGCCCCUGGCCGCCAUUAUAGACCUCAGCCCCAGCUACUGCGGAAUCCUGCUGGCUCUCACGAACAUGAUAUGUGUGACACCGGGUUUCAUCUCGCCAAUCAUGGUGGGCCAUCUUACGUACCAGGCUCAAACGCCGGAACAGUGGCGAGUGGUGUUCUUGGUGGUGGCGGCGCUGGUGUCGUUCUCCGGUCUGAUGUACGUGCUCUUCUCAACGGUGCAGCGGCAGCCCUGGGACCCACCCUGUGGGCAGCCCUAUGCAGGUGCAGGGGAAGGCGUCGCAGCCGAGAGACAGCCCCUCCAGGAGGACAACGCCCACAAGGGAUGCACCUAGGCUGCCGCUUACUGUCAGGAAACACCACUACGUACUACUGUACCCUCUACGACCGUUUCAUAAUAGGGGACCUUCCAUAGUCAGUACAUGUAACCUUGGUAGUCUUGACAUUGUAUCUAACAUUUUGGUCUACCUUUUAAAUCCAACAGUACACAUUUGCAAUCAAUUACAUCCAGCCUAUUGCAUUCUUCAUAACUAACUAUUCAUCCUAAAUGACAAUCAGUGACACUGUUCCCGAACUAUCCAUCAAACUGCAGGUGUGACCCAAGGAUCCGUCCUAUCACCUCUCCUUUAUCUCUUAUACUCAGUCAACGAUCCAAAUGAACUCCCUCUUGUGUACAUGAUUCGAUAUCCAGUAGACACUGCCCUCUUUGUAGAUCAUCCUACCUUCCAUUCAUCUCACUGGACCCUUCAACUCCAUCCCAACAACUUCACCUUGUGGAGUAACCGGUGAUACCUUUCCCUCAUCUUGCAAAACCCCAGGCAAUAAUUAUAGCAAAAAUCACCCAUUAGUCUGACAAUUCAUAUCACCACUGCCUGACCCAACAAACCAGAACACCGAGCGAGGUGGCGCAGUGGCUAGCACACUGGACUCGCAUUCGGGAGGACGACGGUUCAAUCCCGCGUCCGGCCAUCCUGAUUUAGGUUUUCCGUGAUUUCCCUAAAUCACU